AUGCGUUCCAUCGACGGCGGCGGGUUGAAAGGCGCAAAGUUCGUUGGACGCCGACGACUGGUGACUUUGCUCUCGAGCGCGAUUUUGAUCAAUGCGAGCGUCGCUCGAGCGGAUAACGGGGCGAUCACGGCGGCGUUGAAGGCGAGGGAGCGCUCGGAGGCGACGGCGAGGGCGAUCGAGCGAGUAGGGACGAGCGAUGCGGAGGAGUUGGGGCGGUGCAGGCGGCUCGCGCUCGCGGGGGAUUUUGACGACGCGCGGCGGGUGCUCAGGACCGGGUCGCUGUCGAGGCUCAGGGGCGACGCGGCGAAGACGGAGCUCGGCCGCGACGUCGCGCGAGCGCUCGAUGCGUUCGACGACGCCCUAAGAGCGGCCUCGCUCGGUCGUGCGAAUAUGAAUGACGUGCGGGAAAAAUCGGACGCGCUCGAUGUCAUCGUCCAGCGCGUGGCGUCGACGAAGCCUUAA